AUGGCUGAUUUCAAUAUAGACCGCAGUACGACGGCGUUGCUGAUCGCCGACUUUUAUGCUGAGGCGAUGGGUACGCUGCCCCAUGCCGUCGAGCGCGGUGUGGUGCAAAAGACGGUGGAGUUGCAGGCGGCCGCCCGGGAAGCCGGGAUGAUGGUGUGUUAUUGCGCCACGGUUUUUCGGCCCGGCUAUCCCGAAAUCAGCGAACGGAAUAAAACCUUUAGCGCCCGAAAAACUUCGGGACAACCGGCGGUAUUCGAUCCGGUGGCGGUGAUUCAUCCGGACGUGCGUCCCCGCGACGGAGAAGUGGUGGUGGGCAAGCACCGAGUCAACGCGUUGUUCGGCACCGGACUGGAUGUGGCGCUGACGGGAAACAAUAUCAACACGAUAAUACUGUUGGGAUAUGCAACCAGCGGUGUGGUGCUUUCGACCACCCGGUACGCCUCGGACCGGGAUUACCGGCUGUUCAUAGUUGCCGAUUGUUGCGCCGAUAGCGAGCCUGAUGUACACGAUUUUCUGAUCGGCCGCAUUUUGAACCGGCAGGCCGAUAUAGUUACCGCCAGCGAAGCGGUUUCUGCAAUACGUUCCGGCUGA